CCCCCAGCAUUUUCAGUUAAUGGUUCAAAGCAGACAACAAUGAUUGCUCGGCCUUCAUCCGUCUUCAAUUUCUGAACCCGUGACGUCACCGUCAUUGAUACAAUCUCUGUCUCCGAUUCUGAAUUGUAGCUAAUCAGUCGGUUUAUGUGAUCGGUGGUUACGGCGUGAUUCUGCUCUUACUCUACGGCGGCGAAGGUGUUUUCCGAUUUGGACACAUCUUGGUGAUGCCUGACCUCAAAGAGCGUCUGCUUCCACCAAAACCUGCAUCAGCUGCAAAUCUUAGAGAUGCAUCUUACAGGACUUCUGCCUCUGGCCGUAGUCCAUUUCAAGUUCUGGAUGUCCUAGGCCUUAAAAAACGUGGCCAAGGACUGAGAUCCUGGAUUCGUGUUGAUGCUACUGGGAACUCUCAAGUAAUUGAAAUUGACAAGUUUACUGUGAUGCGGCGUUGUGAUCUCCCAGCACGUGAUCUACGUCUACUUGACCCGUUGUUUGUUUACCCCUCAACAAUACUGGGCAGAGAGAGGGCCAUUGUUGUAAACCUUGAGCAGAUUCGAUGUAUUAUAACAGCAGAUGAUGUUCUGCUUUUAAAUUCUCUUGACAGCUAUGUCCUGCAGUAUGUAGUGGAGUUGCAGCGGCGGCUACAAUCUGCAGGGGUUGGUGAGGUUUGGCAAUCAGAAAGUUCUGACUUGAGCAGGAGAGGAAGCAGGAAUCUUGAUGAUAUGUUUAGAAGCUCAUCACCUGAUUAUUUGCCCUUUGAAUUCCGUGCCCUUGAAAUUGCACUGGAGGCUGCUUGUACUUUUCUGGAUUCUCAGGCAGCUGAAUUAGAGAUUGAGGCAUAUCCUUUGUUGGAUGAACUUACAUCAAAGAUAAGUACAUUAAACUUGGAGCGCGUUCGUCGAUUGAAAAGCAGACUUGUUGCACUGACUCGUCGGGUUCAAAAGGUUAGAGAUGAGAUAGAGCAACUUAUGGACGAUGAUGGAGACAUGGCUGAAAUGUAUCUUACAGAGAAGAAAAUGCGCAUGGAAUCAUCAUCACCUUAUGGUGAUCAUCAGUCUUUGAUGGGGUUCAGGUCAAAUGAUGGUGUGCUAUCUGUUUCUGCUCCAGUUUCUCCUGUUUCUUCACCUCCUGAAAGCAGGAAGCUUGAAAAAAGUUUGAGCAUUGCGAGAAGCAGACAUGAGAGCACGAGAAGUUCAGAAAGCCUCACAGAAGCUCAAAGUAUAGAAGAGCUUGAGAUGCUUUUGGAGGCUUACUUUGUUGUCAUUGAUAGCACCCUCAAUAAGUUGACUUCGCUCAAGGAAUAUAUUGAUGACACAGAAGACUUCAUUAACAUUCAACUGGACAAUGUUCGGAACCAGCUGAUACAGUUUGAGUUGAUACUCACAACCGCGACGUUUGUAGUUGCAAUCUUUGGCGUGGUAGCGGGGAUAUUUGGGAUGAAUUUUGAAAUAGCAUUGUUUGAAAAACGGAAUGCAUUCAAGUGGGUGCUUAUAAUCACAGGAGUGACUGGAAUGGUUAUUUUCUUUUCAUUUUUAUGGUUCUUCAAGUACAAAAGACUGAUGCCUCUUUAGAUAUAUGGUUAUAUAUAUAUAGUGAUUCUAGGUAGAGUUCAGGAACAUUUAAAAGAUUCACAGUAUUCCUUAUUGUCAAAUGUUUCAGUCAUUGAAAACAAUACCAUUCCAAUUUCCAUGUAUUAUAAGACUUAUUAUAUUAUGCAAACAUUGUGAUGAAAUAAAUAUAUAUCCAAUAA